GUGACGAGUCCGCAAACAGAACAAACAUUUAUAAUCUGGUGAUACGUUAUCGGUACGUCAGUACAUACAAUAAUUUUGUGUUCACACGUAAACGAUUGUAUUGUUAGCAAUAUUGCUUUUCGGUGAGAAAAAUUGAUAACCUUCUUAAUUAAAAUCAAGUGGUAAAUUUGAAUAGUUGAUGAUUUGGUGAUAAAGAAACACGGACUGCGUUACAAGUAGUGUAAUAUAACUAAUACUAGGUCCAUCAAUAAAAGACUGAAGCAAUAAAUAUCGCAUCGCAAUGGCUGACUUACAUUUGGAUUUGAACCAGUCGAUAGACCUUCGAGUAGCUCAAUUCAAGAAUGAUCCGGAGAAGAUGACACAAGUGAAUGAUUUUCUAAAUGAAAUGUUCGAAAAGGCGCAGAAAGAGGCCGAACAGAGACAAAAUGGAAGGACAAAAGGAAAACUGACGGGACCAAAAAAAUCGGCGCAUGGUCAAACCGUGCUAAGUCGUCUGCCAGAGUGUUUGCGACCAGGAUUUUUACCACCAUAUGCAAUUGCACCAAUACAGUGCGGAGUACUCUUGCUGCUCGCAACAAUAAUAAUUAGGAAGUAUUUGUGGAAAUCGUCCACGAACGGUACCACGUAAAUCUUAUCAAAUAGUCCUGAUAACGAUGGUCACGUAAGGCUACUCCGGUGAUAAUAUUGUAUAGUGCUAAGUUGACGUUUCUAGAUUUUUGAAUGGCCAAGUGGAACCGACGUUAAAGUUGAAAGGGGUGAAGCGAAAUCAGAUUUAAUAAUAAAUUAUCAAAUAAUAAUUUGAAUGAAUUAGUUGUUUUGUCAAAUUUCUCAAAUCGGGAUAUAUUUUAAAUGGAUUUUAAUAAGCUUUCAAGAUCUCAAAAGAACUUUCUACAUCGCGUUUGCGUUAGAAAGCAGGGUAUUUUAAAAAAUAUAUUAAGGUUUUUUUCAGAUAUUCAAAAUAUAGAUACUAUAUAUUCAAAUCUAUGUAGGUAUAUGUCUGUUUUUAGUACCUAACAAAUUCUGCCCAAGAUUCUCGAGCGAUAGAAUGCACAUGAGAGUGAGAAAGCUUAUUGCAUCGCAUCUACAUAUUUUACUCUAUCUAUAAAUGGUUUCUUAUGUAUGAUUUUCCCAGGCACAAGUUAUAGGUACAUUCUACACCUCUCUUACUUUUCUUUGCAAACACUUGUUUCAACCUUAGAUCGGAAAAGCUUUAUACUUAUUUCACCUAUAAAAAAGUUAUCACAUCAUUUCGCUUCCAGGUAUAAGUAAUCUUGUGAAUCUUGUGAACUUAUUAAAAUAGAAAACCGAUUUAUUAAUAAUAGUUAUUUAUUAGGCAAUAGAGUUAUUAUACAUUCCAGCUACGCCGGAAAAGUUCUUUCCCUGUAACUUAUGUAAAAAGUAACUCACGUGCCUGAUACAACGUGUUAUCCAACGUGUUCUUAUAAUUGCGUUUUAAUAAUAAAUGAUGAAAAUAACUUGGACAUUAUUCAUGUAAAAUCAAAGCAAUUAAAGUGUCAUUAUAUCUAUGUCAGUGUUGGAUGAAUAAACAUGCUAUAUAAAAACAAAUCUAUUAAUAGGAGUUGUGUAUAACUAUUGUAUAUUGUUAAAACUGCCAAAAAUUUAUUUGCAAGUUGACUUCCAUAAAUAAUGUUAGCAUAGCAGUUAUUAUAUUGUUAUUGAUAAGAAGAUAUACUGUUUCUGUAGUCACAAAAAAUAUUGGUGUUACAUGUUUUAUUAUUAACUUACAACUGGUUUAUUUUUAAUUUGGUAAGUUAGCAGUCUGUUUAUUAGAAUUAUUGCUAUAUCCCUUCUUUGAUGUCGCUUUGAUUUUUCAAAUAACCGUAGCAGUAGACAAAGAUACUCGUCUCCUUACGAUGCAACUUUGUUUCGUUCAUCAAAAAAUUCAUUGCGCAUCAAAAUGACUCUUCCGUCCUAUUUUUUGUCUGAAACUACUUUUACUUAUGUAAAUUUAUAUUUGGGCAUAUUAUCUACUAUUAAAUUUAAAAAAAAAAAAGGAAAAACUGGAACAAACUUACUAAAAAGACUGUUAUCACUAAAAAAUUCCAUUAAAAAGUUUAUUCAAGUUAUAAACAUAUCAAAAUUUUAUAGGAGUAAUUAUAAAUAAUUUACCACUAUAUCAUAUUUAUAAUGCAAAUAGCAGCUAAACUGUUUCAGUAGCGGAAACAUUCUCAUAUUAUAAGUCUAUUUCCUUUUCCUUGAGAGCACAUAGCUUCAUUACCUAUACAAUUACAAUAAUUUAUUUGAAAAUAGGAAAGAUGAGCGCCUCAUUUUGUGGAUAAGUCAAACAAACAUAAGCCAGACAUUUUCAACUAAUUGGGUCGAAUCUAUAAGGUUAUACUUAUACUAAUGAUGGUUCAAUCUAUGGACGCUUUCAUUAGGUUGUCGAGGUCUAAUAACUUUUAUUAGGUUAUGGUUUACAGUACUUUCCAUUUAAGUUACUUACCUGCAAUUUAUCAGAUUAUAUCCACACAUUUUUUACGCACAAUCAAUAUGUAAAGCCAAUGGUUAAUUAUCGUUUAUUUCACUUCCCUUACUUGUGCUCCUAGGCAAAAGCAAAUGGACUUAUACAUUUUUUUUUUUAAACAAUAUUGUUUUACAUGCGGUUUUUAUUGGAAAGCACAAAACGGUUACCUACCGCAUCAUAAUUCCAAAAAAAAAAUCCAUCAUUUAUAUUAGGACAAUCAAAAUUCUAAGGAUUUUUAUUAUUUUUUUCUAAAUAAAAUUAUGACAAUCAAAAAAUGCAUUGAGUUUCAAAUUUCCAAUUGAUUUUAGUUAGUAAGUUUAGUAAGUUUUCUAAAACAGGCGCAUCAUUUUUGUCACAAACAACAUAAACCAUCUUAAUCGAAAUAGAAAAUUUUACUAAUUGACCAAUAAAUUGAAUAACACUCACUACGCUCUGGAUCUCUAGUAUAUCACCCUGUAUUCUGACUUUAAUAUACAGUAUGUUUCAAAGAAGUCUGGAAACGGUCAAAUAUAUCCAGAGCGGCUUAAAAUAGAAAUACGAAAUUUUCUACAGAGGAGUAGGUAAUUAUUGAUUGCCGAUUCAAUUUGGUAAUCAUAAUUUGAAGCCGUUGUGGUAAUUAUUUGACCAUUGCCAGACCUUUGAACAAAAAGGAUGUGUUAUCAUGUUCCAGAAACCGCGUGAAAUAGGGAUAUGAUAUCUGAAUAUUUCACUCCCAAGUCACAAUAGAGCGUCGAAUUUAUUGCAAUGAAAAUAAAGUGGUAUUCCUAUUGAAAAAAACGAAGUUACCUACAUUAUCUGAAAACCGGUAAACUUGGCAACAUUGUCGAUGUCAUCAUUGAAUCGGGCAUCAUUAAUGCAGAAAAUUUCGUAAUUCUAUUUCAAGUCGCUCUGGAAAUAUUUGACCGUUCCCAGGCUUUUCAAACACACUGUAUCUAUGAAGGCACAUCCGAAUUAAAGUCCUUCUAUAGAAGUAUGUAGUAUUUAGUCUCGAUAGCAAUACGUGUCAGUAUUUAGUUGUACAUUAACAAAUAAAUAAACAACUGAUAAUUUUA